GACAGCGGUGGCUGAGGCGGACACGGCACCGCCGCCCGGUGCCGGCAGCAGCUCCCGGCUGCGCGGCGGAAGUGACGCAGGCUGUCUGGGUAAAAGCCGGGCGCAGCAUUCCCUUUGCCUUCCGGCCCAGCGCCAUCGCAGCGGAGCCUCGAGAUGGGGAAGUUCAUGAAGCCGGGGAAGGUGGUGCUGGUGCUGGCCGGCCGCUACUCGGGGCGGAAGGCCGUCAUCGUGAAGAACAUCGACGAUGGCACCUCGGACCGGCCGUACAGCCACGCCUUGGUGGCCGGCAUCGACCGCUACCCACGUAAGGUGACUGCUGCCAUGGGCAAGAAAAAGAUCGCUAAAAGGUCCAAGAUCAAGUCCUUCGUGAAGGUUUACAACUACAACCACCUGAUGCCCACCCGGUAUUCUGUGGAUAUUCCCCUGGACAAGACAGUGGUCAAUAAGGACGUGUUCAGGGAUCCCGCUCUGAAACGCAAAGCAAGACGUGAAGCCAAGGUGAAAUUUGAGGAGAGGUACAAAACUGGCAAGAAUAAGUGGUUCUUCCAGAAGCUGCGAUUCUAAAGGUGUAACAAGGUUGCAUCAAUAAAUGUUUAUUAAAAACCA